AUGGCUUCUUCAAAGCUAGAGGGUAGUAACAUGCGAAAGACUCCCUCGCAGCGCUUACCUCCUCCCGUGCUGUUUCAGGGUCCCCCAUCUCAUAAUGCAUCCAGCAACUCCCUCGCGCAUACACCGACCCUCAAUGCCCCCGGAGGAUCGCAGCCUGCUCCUUCCCCUCCCUUUCUUCAACGUACCCGCUCAACUGGGCCUCAAGCAUCUUUUAGAUCACAGGGAUCCUUUCAAUCUCAGUUGUCUUUGUCUCCAUUUCUAUCUCGUGCGCAGUCCAAGGGCGGUGAGGUGGAUCCCUCAGAUGCAAUAUGGCGAGAGAUGCAAAAUUCCCUAGCUGAGGUCGAAUUGAGUGCAGCAUCAAGCGAACAUGUUUUUGGAGAAAAGCAUUCUAAGGCGCUGGAAGAUUUGCGCGAGAAGCAGCUGAAACUUGCACAUGCCUGGGCUCGGAACGAAGCUGAUGAUGAGGUUGUGGAAACCAAGAAUACUGAUGAAGAGAAUGAGAACAAGGAAUCAUCUACUUCCAAGAUGAUAACUCAGAAUACUACUGCUACGGGAGGAGGUGAUGCAGCUGAACGGGAGCGGACGGAGACCGAAGGUGUCUCCUAUAAAACUCUGGAUGAAGAGACAGAAAAGGAUAUCCUUCUAGCCCGAGAGAGGCGAGAGGCUAACGAUCGGUAUUUUGACAGAGUUAAUAAUGGAGUACUGGAUGUCGUUUCCAAGCUUGAGGAAGUUGCUGAAGCUAUGCGAAUUGUCGAGAGAGAAAGCAGAGAUAUCUGGAGCGAUUCCGAAACCUCUUCUACAUCGAGCGAUACCCCGACAGCGGAUGCUAGAUGA